ACGUCAUUCCAGUGGAGUCAACAGCGACCCGCAAAGAGAUCUCCAAAAUUUAGUCCCGUUCUGCUCAGUUACCGGGCGGCCGCACAUAGGAUACCAACUUUUUUUUUUUAAAUCCAUAUAUCUGAACUUUUCUUGUCCAUGUUCCGUAGUAGUUAAUUUAAUCUGUUGUCUACGAUGAAGUGGGGAGCAGCUGAUUUCGGGGUGACAUGGACAUUGUUUUCUCUGUUCUUCAACUUUUCUGUCACCAACGGACAGAAUCCGCCGAACUACAACCUUUUCCAAGGAGCUGCGUACCAGGGCGCAAGACACCGACAGUCACAGAGGAAUAGGAACUGGUGUGCAUAUGUGGUCCAUAAGAACGUGAGCUGUACCGUCCAGGGGAAUGUGGAGAGCUUUGUGGAGCCUGAGGUGGCACCGUGCCCAAACCACGACCCAGACUGUGAGCAACAAGUGAUGUAUCGGACGCGGUUCCGGCCGGCCUAUAAGAUCGCCUAUAAGACGGUGACAGACCUGGAGUGGAGGUGUUGCCCUAGUUACCAGGGACCAGACUGCUCUGAGCUGAAGGCUGCUCCUAACAGACAGACAGUACCAGCAGGGUCACAGCCACCCCAAACCCAGUACCCAAACAGACAGACAGUGACAGCAGGGUCACAGCCCCACCAGACCCAAAACUCUGGGGAAGCACCACUCUACCCCCAGACCAGAUCCAUCCCUGGACAGACCAGACACCCACAGAGGCCAGAGAGGAGGGAGACGGGGGUGUACGAGGGGAGGCAUGGAGGAGCAGACAGAGACAGGGUGCGUCUCCUGGAGGGGGAAGUGCAGCGCCUCUCCCAAACAGUGGGGGCGCUGCAGGCUGCGAUGACUGGGCUUAGCUCCACUCUGAGAUCUGACCUGCAAGAGGACACCUCCAAGAUGCUGGUCACCCUGCUCAACAACCUCCGCCCUGUGACCCCUGACAGUGUCUACGCCCCCGACAUAGAGCAGGCCGCAGUACCAUCAGACAACCACCAGGGGUCAGUGAUCGACGGGCACCAGGCCACCAGGGGGCCAGUCCAGGGGGACAGGGGGCUGGAAAAGAUCCUGGCCAGGUUGGAUGAUGUCAACACCUCUCUGAAGAGUAAAGAGGAGGCUCUGGAGGAGCUGAGAGGUACCGUGACCUCACACAGCGGUCAUAUCCGCCUGCUGCUUGAUGCCUCUCAGACACAGCAAGACCCUGACCCUAACCCUGUUGGGGGUGGAGCCCCCGCUGACCUGGAGGUGCUACUAGAGAAAUACGUGGACAGGCAGCUGGGCUUCCUGAGGAAGAACAUGGAGGACAGCAUGGAGAGAACGAUAGAGGAGAGGAUAGGGAAGGAGGUGGAGAAGCUGCAGAAAUCCUGUGAUGGAAGGAUCCAGUUGAUGGAGAGGAGGUGUGAGGAGGAGCGGGAGAGAGGACUGCUCAGUCGGACUGAGAUGGUGGACAAGGAGGAGCAGCUAAAGGAGGAGAUCAGGGGGUUGAGACUGGACAUCACUGCCUCUGACCAGCCCGGCCGGACACUCAGACAGACUGAUCCCAAACCCAGCCUUAGACAAACUGCCCCUGCCAGACAGACCGACCUGGCUAGACAGGAUAACCAGCCUCCAGGUAUCCUACCAGCUGUCCAGCAUGGUGACCUAUCUGACCUGUGGAGGGAGCUGGAGCGUGUGGCGGAGGCCCAUCGCAUCCUGAAUGCCCGCAUGGACAAUGAGCUGCAGUACCUGUCCUCUCCACGGGGGGAGCUAGAGGGAAAGGGGUUAGACAUGGAGGGGUUAGGACUAGAGGGAGAGGUGGGGUCUCGGAUGGAGGAGUUAGAGGCGCGUUUGAAUGUGACAGAGCAGAACGCUGAGGUCCACUGUUUCUACGUGGAGGAGAAGCUGACCCGGGCACUAGCCGAGCAGGGGACGGAGCUACGACAGCUGCUGGAGGAACGAGUAAACGUACUGGAAGACCAGUUUACCACCAUGCUGGUCGAGAUGAACAACGAGUCAUAUCCUGUUGGAGGAGGAAGGAGCGUGGACCUUCAGGCUGAGUUGAACAACAACAAGUUUCUUCUGCAGGGUCUGGAUGACAAGGUGACCACUGUGGCUGAGCUCUGUGCUACCGGCUGUGGUGGAGGACCUAACACCGGAGGGUUUCCCAACACCAACCCUGGAGCUUCCUCCCACCCUGUAGUUCUGGACAGUGUGGUGAAGGACCUGAAGCUCUGUCGUAACGACCUGGAUAUCCUCCACACGGAUGUGACGGUCAACUCUGACAAACUGAGAGAGCUGGAGGAGAUUAUAGACAGGCAAAUGGCAGGGCAGAAGUGGAGCGUGAAGACGGUGGAGGACCUCCAGAGGGGGAUGGUAAUCCUGCAGGACAACGUAGGGGGUCUGGGGGGGGCAGUGACAGGGCUGGGGGACUCUCUGAGCAGGUACACCCAGGACCUCACCAGGAUGAACACCACCUACAACACCUGCUGCCAGGUUGGGGCAGGGGUCAAAGCAGGGGCCAGGCCAGGGGAAGGGUUAGGUGGGUUUGGUGCCACAACCAUCAGUCCAGGCAGGAUCCAGAGUGCGUCUGAGGGUGUAACGGUCCCCAGAGGAGAGGUGGAGGGAAACAGCAGCAGCCAGAUGGAGGAGCUGAGAACCAAACUGGACAGCCUCACUAACCAGGUGCUUCAGCGUUGCUCUGGUGUGUCUGGGGUGGAGGGGCGUGUCCAGCGCCUGGAGAAAGUGUGUGUUCAGCUGGACGGGGUGUCGGCCAGGGUGCGGGGGGUGAAGGAGGGGUUGGAGAAGCACAUCGCUGGGCUGUGGCACCACGUCAGCCGGGUCAACACCAUGCUGGAAAGACAGGCUGCUGACAUCACCACCCUAAAGACCAGGAGCACUGACACCAACGCCAGGGAGACAGAUGAACCUGUGAGACCUGGGUCUGUCCCAGACCAGACCAGACCCAGGGUUAACCAGAUCCACAUUCCCCACAGGACCCUCCCUGACUCGCUCCCCCAGACCCCCAGGCAACCCUACAACCCCAGACAGCCAGCUAGUCCACACCAGCCUACCAACCCUCUACAGCCCAACACCCACCGCCAACCUAACCAACCAACUCUGUACCUGGUGCCACAUAAGCCUAACCAGCCAGGCCAGCCCACUGUCAUCCUCGUACCCCAUCCUAACCAACCAUCCAACCCUAACCAACCCUUCUUAACGAUGGUACCUCGGCAGCCCAGCCCCCCCUCUAACCCUCCCAGUCAGCCGCGUCGGGUCCUGGAGGUGGGAGAGGCUGGUCCACCAGGCUACAUGAGGAGGGUAACAGUCAGGAGAGGAUCAGAUGACUCGUCCUCCACACCUGUUAAAGGAUUCGCUGGAGCACCAGGAUUCAACCCUCCCGAGAAGCCAGUCUCCUUCAACAAACAUGAGACGAUCCCAGUAGCUGCCAAGGUCCCCUGGAACCCAGCGUCACAGACCCCACUAGUCACACCAGUGUCUUCAGACAGCAGUUUCCUUGCAGACCCCUUCUCCUUCUCUGCUGGCCUGACCUCUCAGUUCUCUGGGGAGUUUGGAACCAUCCGCUUCAACAAGGUGCUGGUCAACGAUGGAGGACACUACAACUCUCACACAGGUAUCUUCACGAUACCGAUGGAAGGCCGUUACCUGAUCUCAGGAGUUCUGAUGGCUCGGCCAGGGAAGGGACUGGAGGCUGUUUUGUCUGUCUCCAACCGUAGUGUCCAUAGGCUGAUGAGCUCCGGGUCUGUAGCAGGGACAGCGGUCCAGGACAGUUGUCCCUGUGGAGGCUCUGUCUCGUUCAGCCUGAUCCUGUCUCUGAGGCAAGGGGACCACGUAGCUCUGGUCCGGACCGCAGGACAGCUGGCCACCACAGAGUCCAGAGACAUCCUAUCAACAUUCAGCGCCAUCUUCCUCUAUGCCCCGCAGCCAAUCACCAGAUAGUUACCACUGGGCCAACCAAUCACACAGCAAGGACUUGGUCAUGUACAUUCCACAACCAAUCAGAAAGCAGGAAUACCUUUAAACAGAUACCAGAAGUCCAAUCUCCUGCAACCCAGCAGUUGUUCAGAAUAAUGAUUUGUAUCAUAGAUAUAUAGAUAUUCACCAUGUAAAAAGUAAUUCUGCAACCCAGCAGUUGUUCAGAAUAAUGAUUUGUAUCAUAGAUAUAUAGAUAUUCACCAUGUAAAAAGUAAUUCUAUGCUCACCUUUUUACUGAACAAUUAUGCCAAAGAUAUAAAAAAAUAUUAAGUGGUCAUUCAUGUAUUUUACAAUAUAGAUAUCUGCUUUUUUUUCCACUUUUUGUUUUAAAACAUUUUCCUAAAUUAACAUUUAUAAAAUUAUAUAUAUAUAUAUAUAUAUACUUUUUUUUCUUUAAAAAAACAACUCCUGUUUAGAUUAAUCUGUUUUACAGGUUAUUCAGUAUUCCAUACCACAUCCUGUUUAGAUUAAUCUGUUUUACAGGAUAUUCAGUAUUCCAUACCACAUCCUGUUUAGAUUCAUCUGUUUUACAGGAUAUUCAGUAUUCCAUACCACAUCCUGUUUAGAUUUAUCUGUUUUACAGGUUAUUCAGUAUUCCAUACCACAUCCUGUUUAGAUUAAUCUGUUUUACAGGUUAUUCAGUAUUCCAUACCACAUCCUGUUUAGAUUAAUCUGUUUUACAGGUUCUUCAGUAUUCCAUACCAAAAUCCUGUCACCAUUAGUAAAGCAGUAGGGUUGAUUCAUUCCUUCACGUAUGUUGCCAAUAAACCCAUUUGAAGAUUUG